ACGGAAGAGCAGAGCAGAGCAGAGCAGAGCAGAGCAGAGAAAAAGAAAAGGAUCGGAAGAGAGACAGAUACGAUGGCGCCCGAACCAGAAGAUGUAGAUAUUAACAAUGAGAAAAACCCUCCUCCUUUGGAUGAAGACGACAUAGCACUCCUCAAAACCUAUGGUUUGGGACCUUACUCUUCUAGCAUAAAGAAGGUGGAGAAGGAAAUCAAGGAAAUGGCCAAGAAGGUUAAUGACUUGUGUGGAAUAAAAGAGUCGGACACUGGGUUAGCUGCACCCAGCCAAUGGGAUCUUGUUUCUGAUAAACAAAUGAUGCAGGAGGAGCAGCCUCUUCAGGUUGCGAGAUGCACAAAAAUAAUAAAUCAGAACUCUGAUGAUGCAAAGUAUGUGAUAAAUGUUAAACAAAUUGCCAAGUUUGUCGUUGGCUUGGGAGAUAAAGUUUCGCCAACAGAUAUAGAAGAAGGCAUGCGUGUCGGGGUCGAUCGAAAUAAAUACCAAAUUCAAAUUCCCUUGCCUCCAAAGAUCGAUCCGAGCGUUACCAUGAUGACGGUAGAAGAAAAACCAGAUGUCACAUACAACGAUGUUGGUGGGUGUAAGGAGCAGAUUGAAAAGAUGCGAGAAGUUGUGGAACUCCCCAUGCUCCAUCCAGAGAAAUUUGUGAAGCUUGGCAUUGAUCCUCCAAAGGGGGUGCUCUGCUACGGUCCUCCAGGAACAGGCAAAACUUUACUAGCUAGAGCUGUAGCCAACAGAACUGAUGCCUGCUUUAUUCGUGUUAUUGGAAGUGAGCUUGUUCAGAAAUAUGUUGGAGAGGGGGCUCGGAUGGUUCGCGAGCUUUUCCAGAUGGCGCGAUCAAAAAAGGCUUGCAUUGUCUUCUUUGAUGAGGUGGAUGCGAUAGGCGGUGCUCGGUUCGAUGAUGGUGUGGGUGGAGACAAUGAGGUUCAGCGUACAAUGCUCGAAAUUGUGAAUCAGCUCGAUGGCUUUGAUGCUCGAGGAAACAUCAAAGUUUUGAUGGCAACAAACAGGCCCGACACACUAGAUCCAGCAUUGUUGCGUCCUGGACGGCUAGACCGUAAGGUUGAGUUUGGUCUGCCUGAUCUGGAGAGCAGGACACAGAUAUUCAAGAUCCACACACGGACAAUGAAUUGUGAGAGGGAUAUCCGGUUUGAGCUUCUUGCUCGCCUCUGCCCCAACUCCACUGGGGCGGACAUCAGGAGUGUAUGCACUGAGGCGGGCAUGUAUGCAAUCCGAGCACGGAGAAAGACAGUGACGGAGAAAGAUUUCUUGGAUGCAGUCAACAAGGUCAUCAAAGGAUAUCAGAAAUUUAGUGCAACUCCCAAGUACAUGGUCUACAACUGACCGAGACUGCUUACUGCUUUACCCUGGCCUUUCAUGACUUGAUCCUGUUUGCCCCGCAAUGUGUUGGCUGCCAAUUCAUCAGUUGAAAAUCGUGUGUAAAAGGGGCCUUGCCUGCCUUCUUUGUUUGGUUUGUUUUUUUGGAUAUCUGUAACUGCCGUUAGUUGGAUUUACAAGAGCAGAUGGUGUUCUGGUCUCCUUAGUACUGGCUGGCAACCCCAAAUUUCUUAAGGUCACGAAAAUAACUUAAAUAGUUACACAAAAA